AUGGAGGACUUCGAGGAGCUCCGGCACUUGGGUCGCGGUGCAUUCGGCGAGGUCUUGUUAAUGCGGCAGACGUCUACGGGCUUGCUCUGUGCAGUCAAAAAGCUUGGCAGGACGGCGCUGCCAGCUGGCGAGGAAGCUGAGCAUUUGGCGGAGGUGAAGGUUCUGCAGACGCUGACGCAUCCGUGCAUUCUGCGCUAUUAUGGUUCCAUCCAGCUUGAUGAGUCAUUGAGCCUGGUAAUGGAAUUCGCGGACUCUGGGGACCUCCAGCAGCUUUUGAAGAAGCAGAUGGACUCGGAAAAGCUCUUUGAGGUGGCCGCGCUGUUUGCAAUUUUUUCACAGCUGGUGGUGGCCGUGGCCCAUGUGCACGGGCAUCGCGUGCUUCAUCGCGACCUCAAGCCAUCCAACGUCAUGUUGACCAGUGGCGGCCUCCUCAAACUUGGAGAUUUUGGAGUCGCCAAGGUCAUGGCCGGCACGACCAUGGUUGACAAUAUGACGUGCGUGGGCUCACCAACAUACAUGGCCCCAGAAAUCGUGGCUGGCGAGGCGUAUGGCGCACCGUGCGAUGUUUGGAGUUUGGGAGUCAUACUGUACGAGCUUGCAAGCUUCAAGCGACCCUUUGAGGGAAGAAGUCUUGGAGAGCUGAUCAUGAGAAUCUCCUCUGGGAAGUUCGAGUCAAUCGGAGCACACCUCGCUCAGAAGCCAGGAGGCCAUGUGCUUGAAGACGCCGUGUCGCCAGUCUUGGCCAAGAUGCUAGUGGUGGACCCGAAGGGCCGGGGACGAAUGACGGAGGUCAUGCGUGCCCCGUCUGUGCAAGUCUUCGUGGCUUCUCUGAAAACAAGUGCGGUCAUCGUGGCGUCCAUUAUUCAGGAGCUUGAGGACCCCCAAAAGGCCAAAGCCAUCGACGUCAACACUGCCGCGGUGGACGAACUCAUUGCCGAGCUUGCAGCCAAAUCACCAAAGCGUGCAGAAGCAGCAGAAAAUCUGCCAAAAGCUGGCCAGGUACGAAGUAGUUUGGCUGCCAAAGCCGAGAAGAAGGUGGUCGAAGAUGACUCCCUGGCAUUCAGUUUGACUUCUUCCGAAAUUGGCACGGCUGUUUCUGAUAGGCUUGCGGCCAAGAUCCCGGCAUCCGAUGGCUCUGGUGAGGUCAGCUUCAACCUGACAGCGACAGACGCACUGCAGAUUUCAAAGAAGGUCCCAGUGUUGAAUGAGGAUACUCACGAGGCUGUCAAAGCAGUCUCUCAAAAGUUUGGACAACGGUCUGGAGGCCUUGGUGUCUCCGAUGAUAACCAUGCAUUGCGAGACGUGCUUGGCGAUGCCCUGGAUCUGGGAGGCACCAGCCCGCCAGAAGAUCGGCACAGCAAGUCCCAGUCAGGCACCUUGCCCCGUAGCAACUCGAACACGAGCACGCAGAAGCGGAGUAGCCAGCCCAUGCACGGCACACGGGAUCUGGCUGAAGCAGUGCUUCGUGAUGCUAUGGGCGCAGAGGUUUCCUCGCAGACAGGGCGCUUGCAGUCCACUUCGGGAACUGAUGUAGCAGAGGGCGAGGCAGGCAGCGUCCACUUUGACCACGUGACUCCAGGCUGGAAGGUCAAGUCUUCCUCCAGGAGACAGUCGGACUCUAGCAGCUCAAGCCCACCAGCAAGCCGGGAACAGAGGCGAGUGCCGAUCACGACGCGCGACCAGCCCGCUCAUCCAGAGGUCAGUCGGUGUCCAAACGAGAUGCUCGAGCUCCGUCUUUGCGUGCUGCCGGCGCGGUGUCAGGGGCGACAGAUUGGCUUCUGGAAGAAGAGUACUUCAGCAGUCGUCCCGUUUGAUGCGGAGACGUUGAGCAGCGGUCGCAGCGAGGCCGUGUCUGCGCUGGUGAAGCCGCUGACCCCAGACGUGAGGUCUAAGCUGGGCAGCACAAGCAACAGCACCGCGUGUUCGGAUGAUGCUGCUCGCCUCUUCGGGACAUGUUCAUACGCCACGGGAUCCGCGGAUGUUUCGCCGGACCCACCGGCAAGCCCAAUCGCAACGCCGGAGGACUUGUCUCAUGAACCGAGCAGUCGUGAGAACGUGGUGAUCUACGCAGCUGUCGCGGCAGAGCCCUUUGGCACUCAAUGUUCGGAGAGGAGACUGCCUCCUGCCUUCAGUCUACCAAAUGGGACAAGAGACUGCGAGGCUUACAAUCGCUCCCUUGCAGCAGACAAGAUUUCGGCAGUGCUGAAUGGCUGCGAUUUGGAAGGAAUGGCGCCGCCUGGGAGCACUAGCGCUUUGACAAAGGGCGAGCGAGCGGCGGCUUGGAGAGUCAGCUGCCUGGUGCUGAACCUAGUGCUCAGGGAUAAGGUGAUCCCUGUGAGCCUGGCAGCCCUCGAGCUCUUCAGGGACACGUUCCAGAAUAUUGACGUGAACCUCUCCUCCGCACAGGUGCAGCAUGCAGCCGCUGUCCUCAUCGAGCACGUCAUGUCCCGGAUCGGGGACUCAAACGUGCGUUUGCAUGAGGGCGCCCGACGUGACCUUGUCUUCGCAGCGUCGCGCCAGCUUCUGGGCAUCGGAGGCAUGCUUGGCCGGCUGCAGCAGCGCCUGGAAACAGCACCUGCUAGAGGAGGAGAGCGUAACAAGGUGCAGUUCGGUGUCCUGGACACAGUCGCAGAGAUUAUUCGCAGCUAUUCAGAGUCAUCCUCCAAUGGUCCGCCCGGCCCUCACACCUGGAGCGUUGACACCAUCAGCAGCUUCGUUACCGCUGGAAUGGAGGAAUCCUUGGGGCCUCGCGUGAGGAACAGCGCAUUGGCCCUGGCAGCCACUGUCUAUAGACUGCGCGGCCCAAAGAUUGCGGAUGCCCUGGUGGCUGGGCUCCGCCCAGCAAAGCAGACUUUGCUCAGGCAGAAGUUCCAGGAGAUCGAUGAGGAGGGCAACUCCUUUGCGGCCGAAGAGGACAGUGACGGAGGUGAGGUGCGGCCAGACCUGGACAACUGUCUCCAAGUUUGCUCUGCUUUGCCGGCACUUCCCGGACUUGUGACUGGUGGAGGAGAAGAGGAAUCGCUGAUGGAUGGCAUCUUGGAGGAGACGGGCUUGGUUUUCAAUGGAGCUGGCAUCCAAAACGAGCUGGAGCGCCGGCGAAGCGUCCGGAAAUCGGUAUCCUUCUGCCAGCAAGAUGACAUUGUGGAAGUGGAGCAGCACCAGGAUGAGGAGUUGCUUCUGGACCACGAGGCCUGGGCGCUGGGCAUUGACGUCGAGGAGAUCGACGAACAGGAGGCCCUUUUGAGGGAGAUUCUCAUGGGAAGUGAGGAUGAAGAUGAGGACGAGAGCCCGCGGACACCCUUGUACGAUCAUCGUUUCGAGACACUGGCUGUGGACGCAUGCUGA